CAACCAUACUUCCGCACCGAGCCUCAAAGGUCGUACGCAAGCACAUGUCGCACCUGUAGACCGGGUCUGUGCAGCUUGCAAACGUCGUCCACAAUCAUCUCGUUUGUUCUCACUAAUCCCUACGUUCGCUUCCCCCCAGCGCAUUUCCUCCCGUCUCGUGUCCACACCCGUUCUCUUUCUUCGCUGUCCUUUGCGCCAUGUCGGCUUCUCUGCACCUGUCUCAGCUCCGGAAAUGGAUGCUCAUGUCCCCUCCCAUACAAUGGACCAUUCAACACCUCCGCGAGCUUCUCAUAGGUGCCUUGCGACAGGGUCCCAUUCCCCAGCAUGUGGCUUUCGUCAUGGACGGGAACCGGCGUUUUGCUCGCACCCAUCACAUCGAGACUGUUGAGGGACACAAUCUGGGCUUUGAGGCCUUGGCAAGAAUCUUGGAAGUCUGCUACAAAUCCGGCGUCAAGGUCGUCACCAUCUACGCUUUCAGCAUUGAGAACUUCAAGCGCUCCAAGUACGAGGUGGACGCGCUGAUGGACAUGGCCAAGGUCAAGCUGUCGCAGCUCGCUCAGCAUGGAGAGCUGCUGGACCGCUACGGCGCAAGCGUCCGGAUAUUAGGGCAGCGAGAUCUUGUCAAGCCCGACGUGAUCGAGGCCAUGGAAAGGGCGCAGGACCUGACGAAGCACAACAAGCGUGCCAUUCUGAACGUCUGCUUUCCUUACACUUCCCGCGACGAAAUCACAACUGCCAUUCGCUCCACCGUCGUUGACUACAGCAAGCCAUGCAAGCCUCCUCUCCGCCGCCCCUUCUCCGAAGGUCACAUCACGCGCAACAUCCGUGCGCGCAAUCUCGCUCCAGUCUCCGAAGAAGACACCGUAGACACGGCCCACAACUUCACUACCGAUGCCACAAUCUCGGAUGUUGCCUCGACCAAUUCCAUGACGCUCAUAUCGACCGAUGGCAAGGACCCGGAGAAGUUUGGCAGCGAUGUGACAGCCAAUUACCUUGACCCAGAGACUAUCACGGCACAAACCCUGACGGACCACAUGUUCACUGCCGGUAACCCGCCGCUGGAUUUAUUGAUUCGUACUUCCGGUGUGGAGCGCCUGAGCGACUUCAUGCUGUGGCAGUGUCAUGAAAAUACCUCCAUCGUGUUCCUGGAUUGUCUCUGGCCCGAGUUUGAUCUGUGGCAAUUCUUGCCCGUGUUGGUGGAGUGGCAGUGGCGGAAGCGCAAGAUUGAGGAGGAAGAGAGAAGCAGGCUGAGAGUGAAGGUUGCUUAAAAUUCUGAGCAUGUCGGUGAGCGACGUUGUGUGCAUUAUUGCGUGGGGAAGAAGUUGCCUUGAUACCCAGAGUCAGGACGGGAGUAAACGGGGAAGUAAAAUCAUUUGCUAUGCCCUCCAGGGCUGACACAAGCGAAUAGCCAAUUGUUUCAUACAAAUUUCUAGUCACAUCUUUUUCUUUCCAAGAUUAUGUACUUAAAUAUGCAUCUCUUGGUUUUGCAGGAUUGUCUUGCAUUAGAGUUGAGACAAAUGUGGUGAAAGCCUUGUACUUUCGCCAUAACUUAGUAGGUCUAUAGCUCGUUUUCUAUUCAAAUUUCCAUUUGGUCUUUCAGGUUCGUCUAGGGUAUCAAGCAUCAUUUCUUUUUGUUUUCCGC